AUGUCAGGCAAAGGACCUGGUGUCUUCUCCGAUAUCGGAAAGAGAGGAAGAGAUAUCCUCACGAAUGAUUACAACUCCGAUCAGAGAUUCACCAUCUCCUCCUCCGCCAACUCCGGUCUCGACCUGAAAUCUACAUUGGUGAAGAGCAGAGGACUAUCGUCUGGUGAUGUUACUACGGAAUAUAAGUAUAAGAACAAAGUGGUUAAUUUCAAAGUUGAUACGGAAUCGAGUGUGUUGACGACAUUCACUGUCUCUGAUGUCGUACCGUCUGCGAAAACUAUUGCUUCGAUUCGUUUGCCUGAUUACAGUUCUGGAAAGUUUGAGGUUCAGUAUCUUCACGAUCAUGUGGCUUUUACACUUGGUGUUGGUUUAACACGCUCCCCUGCUAUUGAUUUUUCUGGGACGAUGGGCACUCCCAGCAUUGCCUUUGGAGCAGAAACGAGCUAUUCAACAAGUGUUGGCAAAUUUACGAAAUACAAUGCUGGUCUAUGCUUGAAAAUGCCAAGUUCCAGUGCUUCAGUAAUUUUAGGUGAUAAGGGAGAUUCCAUGAAGGUGUCAUAUUUACACCAGUUAGAGAGAUUUAAUGGAGGAGCUGUUGUGGGAGAGAUUAGCAGAAGGUUUUCUACUAAUGAAAACACGUUAACAGUUGGAUGUUCAUAUGUUGUUGAUUCUCAGACAGUUUUGAAGGCAAAGUUGAACAACCACGGCAAUCUUGGGGCUUUAUUGCAGCAUGAGCUUACACGCAAAUCAUUCUUGACUAUCUCGGGCGCUUUUGAAACAAAGGAUUUGGACAAGAAUCCAAAGUUUGGUUUCUCGCUCUUGCUCAAGCCGUAA